UAAAAAUGGCCGACAAAAAUUCAACAGCCGUGGAAACACUAAAAAAUAUUUUUAACCGUUUUAAUAAAAUUUGGCCCAAGUAUGUUCCAUAUGGUGGACUAUUUGGUUAUUUCACCUUAUCUACGAAUGCCUUGCAUUUACCUAUCGUGCAACAGCUGUUUUCAAGACACGACAGUCGAAUUCUUAUAGAUUCCUGCUUUGUCCUUUCUCACUUUGGAGUCACAGUGUACAUAUAUCACAGACCAAGCCUCAGUCUAUAUCCUAGCAAGGAAAGAGUGCUGUAUAGUGUAUUUGGUAGCACGAUAUUUAACCUUGGCUCCAUUCUGUCAUGGUCUGUUUUGCAGUCAGGUUUACCCGAAGAUAAAAUUGGUAAAAGUUUAAUUGGGUUUAUAUGCAGUUUGACCUAUUUGGGCAUUGGCUAUCGAUACCUACGUAGUCUAGACAUGAUGUUCAAACGCGUUUUCAAAGCAGGUGAAAAGAAGUUAGCUCACGAUGAGAGUGAAGAGAUUAAAUAUAAACUGGAAAGAUCACAUGUCGAAUACGAAGAUCAAGAAAUUGAAAUUGAGUUAAGCGACGAGACGAGGAAUCCUGAUUUGAAAGCUGAACACUUCGUUAUAAAUGAUGAGAAAUAUGUCUAGCGUGUUCAAUAACAUUUUAACGGCUUUUUAUUUUAUAGCUUUUGGAUGAAACCAACUUGUUUGUGUUGAUUCAUCCUCAUAACGUAUUUCUUUUGACAUAUAUAGCAAAAUUCAAAUGAAAGACUUGUUAUUGUUCAUGAUUGUUUUCGACAACAAUCAGUUUUCCUUCACUCUUCGUAAGUUACGUUUGAGCUCUUCUGCAUGCAAUGAGUACGUAAAAAAACGGAAACAUGAUACAUAAACAUGAAAAUCAUAUGAAUAUGAUCUUUUAGAGGGAGUUUGUUGAUAAAAACAAUUGAUAACUUAUUAUUAUUAACACGAAGUUUGAUGAUAAUGA